UUCGAGAGCCGGCACGCGACCAAAACCCGAAUUCCCCUUCCCCUCUCGCCCACGGGAUUUCCUCCUCCUCUUCUUCCCCGCCUCCUCAGAUCCAUCAACCCAUCCAUCCAUCCGUUUUACCAUCCGGUCCGGCCGCCAUCGCCGUCCGUUCGUCUGACCCCCACCUCCCCUCUCCGCCUUCUCGCUCGCAGGGGCCGCAGGCGAUUCGAUUCGACCCGACCCGAUCCCGUUCGGUCCAUGGCGACGGCUGCGGCGGCGCUCGCGGUGACGGACGAGCUGGCCCUGCCGCUCCGCGCGGUGGCGGACCUGGCGGCCGCCGCCGGGGUCUCGCGGGAGGAGGUCGUCGUCAUCACGCAGUGCGCCACGCUCGGUGGGAAGUUGCCUUUUGAUGACGCGUCCGUGGGUUCUGUUCUUUCUGUCAUAAAAAAUGUGGAGAGCUUUGGGGAUAAGUUGGUUGCUGAAAUUAGCCGAGUGCUGAAAGCUGGUGGAAUUGUGCUGGUACAGAGCUUCACACCCUCCACUGAUCAGAAGCCAAACAAUUAUAUCGAGCGCCAGCUACUCAUGGGUGGUUUUGUUGAAGUGCAAGCUUCUGCUACAAGCUCGCAGGAUAGCGUGCAAUCUGUUACCAUCAAGGCAAAGAAGCCAUCCUGGAGUAUGGGCUCAUCCUUCCCCCUGAAGAAAGCAGUAAGGGCUCUUCCAAAGAUUGAAAUUGACGAUGAUGACGAACUGAUUGAUGAAGACAGCCUCUUGACCGAGGAGGACUUGAAGAAACCACAGCUUCCAGUUGUUGGAGAUUGUGAGGUGGGAGCCACAAAGAAGGCAUGCAAGAACUGCAGUUGUGGCAGGGCCGAGGCUGAGCAGAAGGUGGAGAAGCUGGGGCUGACUGCAGAACAGAUCGAUAACCCUGUGUCAGCUUGUGGCAGUUGUGGGUUGGGCGACGCGUUCCGAUGCAGCACCUGCCCAUACAGAGGCCUGGCACCGUUCAAGUUGGGCGAGAAGGUUACCUUGUCUGAUAACUUCCUCUCAGCCGACAUAUGAUGACGGACGACAAGCCGCGGAUAUGAAAUGCGCCUUGUUCGAUUUGUUGGUUCUUUAGGAAUAUAUCUAUGUAUGGUUUUUCGUGGUGAUGGUGGCGAUUACAGCAGAAGAAGAGUGUGUUUGGAGUAGUAGCUUGUGCUAGCAUGUCGUGCGCGGUGUCCUUGCAGUCAGUUCCCUCAUCUAACGUAGGUUAAAGUGGGGGUUGGAUCGUGUGUGCGCCUCUCUGUUCGGCAACAAGAUUACGUGCAUGUAAUUUGACUGUGAAACAUACAGUAUGAUGGAAAGACUUUGUUUUGCUA